GUCUAAUCUCAUUUUUAUCUUAUUACAAUCUCAUGUUGAUUCAGCCCAAAUACAAAGCACUAAGGUAUUGCUUGCAAGGGGUUUCAUAACUACCGAAGUUAUGGUAAAAAAUUGUUUGAGUGCAUUUGUUUUACGUUAAAUGUGUUUAAAAAAUUAGGUAUGACAUAAAUUACAAUCUAAUUAUUAUUAUAAACCAUGCUAUGGAUUUUGUGCGUGCUUCCCUUGGUGGGAAGCUACUCUGUGGGAUAUCAGUGUCCAGAAUUUUGUUAUUGUGAUAGUGAUAAUAUCAGCUGUCAAUACGCUGAUCUAACAGAACUACCUAAUAAUAUUUACACAGGGAUUAUCAGCCUGGACCUGUCGCACAAUCGCUUUUCAGCAUUUCCUGGUGAUAUGGACGCUUUUGGCGAAUUAAAAUAUUUAAAUCUAUCUAACAACCAAAUAUCCACUUUAAAAUAUUCAGAUUUGAUGGGCUUGGAGAAAUUAGAAACGCUUGAUUUGAAGUUUAAUUUAUUUCAUGACUGGAAAGAUAUUCACUCUAGUACAUUUUUGCCAACAAAAAAUCUCCAGUUUCUUGAUUUUUCGCAUAAUCCUUUGAGAAGCAUUCCUCGGUAUUCUAAUCAUCUAUACAUCGAAUCCCUACAGAUACUCCGAUUAAGCAAUUGUUCAAUGAGAAUAAUUCCCGUUAACGUCUUUAAUAGAUUGGCAAAUUUGAAGGAGUUGUAUUUAUCUGAUAAUCCAAUAACAAGUAUAAAUGACACUUUUCAAAUAGAAAGUCUAAGACUUAUAGAUUUAAGUCAAUGUGAAUUAAAUUAUAUGGAAGAAAAUGUUUUCUCCGCACUUACAAACCUAGAAAUGUUAAUUCUAAGCAAGAACAUUUUUUUAAAACGAUUUUUAUGCAAUUCAGAUCACCUCUUGUAUUUAGACUUAUCAGACAGUUUGCUUGAUAGAAUUCCAAGCGGAAGUUUACGAAAAGUAUUAAGAUUGGAUUUAUCAGGAAACUACUUAAGGAGUAUAUCAGCAGGUAGUUUCACUAAACUUCAAAGCCUACAAGUCUUAAACUUAUCAACAAACUCUUUAACAACGAUUCAUGAGAGGGGAUUUGAAGGUUUGACUGAGGUAAUCAGCAUUGAUUUAUCUUUCAACAAGAUACAGACGUUAGACGAAAGAUUACUAAACAACAAUUCAGCAUUGUCGCAUUUGAAUUUGUCGCAUAACUACAUAAAAUCUUUGGACACCAUAAGCAGCAAGUCACUGAAAAUGCUGAUAGCUAGCUUUUGUGAAAUCUACGAACUUAACAGAUACAGCUUGGAACUCAUGCCAAAUUUAGUAACCCUCAUACUGUCAAGAAACUUUAUUACUACACUUCCCAACAGAUUAAUAGCAAGAAGUCUCAGUAUACUUGAUGUUAGUUUCUGUCGGAUAAGGACAUUAAAUAACGAAACGUUUGAAGAAAUGUUUUACUUGAGACAAAUCAACUUAGCAAGUAAUGCCUUGACGUCCAUUGAUCCUUCUUAUUUUCCGAGGGCUUUCAAUGUUAUUAUUAAGGACAACCCAUGGAGAUGUGAUUGUCAACGACUCAAAAGAAUGUAUGAAUGGAUAAGUACUUACAGUUCAAACAGAUUGAAUGGUCUUAUUUGUGAUUCGCCGGAAAAAUCUGCAGGUAAAACGUGGGAAGAAGCUUGCAUUGCAGAAUGGUACCCUAACCGUGUUAAAAAGGACACUAUGUGGUAUUACUCUCUAGGCAUUGUUAUCGCAAUGGUGGUAGCUUUAUUUGCAUUGGUGAUAAUAAGACGAUUUAAAAGCAUGCAAGACGAACGUCUUCGGCUUGAAGAUGAAGCUAGAAGAGCCGAGGAGCGUGAAGCCUUGAGCAGAAUGCACGAACGACAACGAGAGAUAGAAUAUGAAGAGGAUCGGACCGCACCUGAUCCAAGAGAACUUCAGCGUCCUCCAUCCUACAACGAAGCCAUUUUAAUGCCAAUGGUAAGCGCGUCACAUCCGAGCUUAGCAGGAAGUGUUCACAGUUUUGGCUCCAGAGCUAGUCUGGGCGGGAGUGCGGCAGAUAUAAACAAGAAAAAUCGAAUUAGACGAAAAAGAAGAAGAAGAAAGUCGGAGGAGAUGAGGCGGGCUUCAAGGAUUACAUUAGAUUCUGAUUCGUCAUCUGAAGAACGGUAUCAAUCUAUGGACAAUUUAGAGCCUAGAAGAAAGCCACAAGGGCCGCCUUUAGAAAGUAAUUUCUAAAAUGCUCAAUGGUGGUACCAUGUGCAAUAUUUACUAUGCUUUGAGUAACUAUGUGUUAAUAAAAAAUAACGCUAACUUUCUAUUCACUAAAUUGAGGUUAUUGUUUAAAAGUUCAAAUAACCUCAUGCAUUUAAUAGUUUUGAUAAAAAAUUUAAUGUUCCAUUUUUUUAAAUAACAGAUAAGUCCCAUAGUGCCUUUGGUGAAAUUUUCAUCGAGGAAAUCCAGGGAGAUAGGAGCACAGAAAGAUAAAGAUAGUGGGCAAAAAAAUAUUGAAACGAUUCGCGCGAAAUGUAACAAAAAAAUAAGAGAAUGAUGAAAUUUAUUGUGUGAUCAAAUAAUUAAUAUGAAAAUGACCCUAGUGCUUGGAACAUAUUGGCAGAGCACAUCUAAUUCUCCAAAUAUUGCUUUAUAUUUAAACAAAAUGCGAUAAGCUUCAAUGAACUAAAACUUGUUCCUCCACGCAUUCUUCCAGAAAGCUUUAUUAUAACAUUAAUAACAUCAACUAAAACAUUUUUGGUUCUAUUUAUUGGCAUUUUUAUUCUUGGUUAACACACUAGCAUUUUAAAUGAAAAAGAGUUCCUUCAUAUUUUAAACCUAAUAAGAUAAUAAGGUAUGAAAAGUGAUAAGCCAGCGUUUCAAAUUUUCUGUAGCAGCGGACAACACUAAGCAUAAUUUUCAUUUAAAAAUUAAUUUUCUCUCUUAAGGUGGCAACAGCACCUCGUGCACAUGCACGCAAAGACCCAUUUUUGUGAAAUUGCAUUGAAGGCGCAAAAAAAAAAUCGCAAUAUUUUUGAAAAAUAAUCCAUAGCAACACUUUUUUCAAAAGAUAGGCAACCAAAGAAACAGCGGGGUGCUGUUGCCACCUUACUUAUCCCAUUUCAUACCUACCUAAUAAAGGUUUGGAAAUUAUUGUAUAUUUUUAUUUGGGUCAUCCCGAAUAGUACAUCUUGGUCGCAAAAAGCACGUCCUAUUAGUUUACUCAAAUCCUAGGAUGUGUAACAAGUGACAAUAAGGUAACCCUGACACAUUACAUUAUGUUUAUUUUGAUUGUCAGCACAAACUCUCGAGGCAUAGACCUAUACCUAAGCACUCACUAAAAUCUUAUGUGUUUAUUGCAUAAUUACUAAGUACUUUUUGCAUCACUGCUUUAACAAAAUAAUUUAAACUUUUUCAUCAAUUAGUCAACUACCUAAUCUAGUGGUGAAAUAAGCUUUGUAGAAUGUACUAUCAAAAUACCUGAUUAUAAUAAUUAUUUGUAAUAGAUAGGUAAGUUAUAUUUUUUUUUUAUAACCCGAAUUGUCCAUAAAUGAAUAUUUACGUUCCGUUUUGAAAAUGUUAUUAUAAUUUUUUUUUGACAAUGUGUA